AUGGUUGCACAAGUGUGUUUAUUUAGGGAGGGGGGCACCGAAUAUUUACGCGCUCUUGAUUUCAACAUGGAAGACAGCGCACCUUCUCCCGAUCUAUUACAAGACCCAACAACAAUCCCUCUCCACGAAUGUAGGAGCAGCGAACAGAUUGAGGCAGCCACCGACAUUAUACAGCAACGCCCAUCCCAAUUGUACAACGCUCUUCAUGAUCGAGCAAAGCUGUUAGGCAACGGUGCCCAGUUUGAAGCCGCGUUACGCGAUGCAGCCGCGAUGCAGAGAAUACGACCUACUGUAGCCCUUGGUUAUCUUUGUGAAGGCGAUAUUUAUUGUCAACAAGGUCGUGUUGAAGAUGCUGUGGCCAUCUAUAACAAGGGACUUGAAGCCGUGCCUGCAUCCGAACCACAUUAUCAUGACCUACAGCAACAGCAGCAGCAACAACAACAACGCAUAGCAACAGCAGCAGCAAAGACAAAUACCAGCAGCAGCAACAAACGUAUCGACUUUAUCAGCGAAUUGCCUAUCGAUGUGGUCUCUACCAAUAUCAUACCAAGAUUCAUGCCGGUGUUGUUAUCCACGGGGUGUUGUCCUUAUCUCUAUGUAUCCCAUACUUGGCACCAACGUAUCAUCCAACAUGGUUUAAGCAUUGAGGUGGAUUAUGAGGCUCCGUCAUUCCGUGAAGGCCACGAACAGCUUAUUCGAUUUACACCUUACGUCAAGUCCUUGGAUCUCAUUGUCAGGAAAGAAAAGCAUCUGGUCAACCUUUUGUCACGUGCCAAGUUUUCAUCCUUGAAAAGGUUAAAGUUAGCCAGUGAAACGCCAGAGUCUCAAUUGAAAGGUUUGGCUAUGGUGGCGGAUACAUUGACACACUUGGAUCUCGGCUACAAUUCAUCCCUGCAUUUACGUGAUAUCAUGCAAACCUGUCCCAAUUUGACAUUUUUGAGAUUCCACGAUGUGAACGCCGUUAUCCCAUCAUCCAUUGGAUCUUUGCAAUACCCUCGAUUGGCCCAUCUUGGCAUCCACAGCUAUUCUCCGGAGAAUGUUGAAAAGGAUAAUCUGGUCCGUGUCUUGAGCCUAUUUCCUAACUUGGUGUCGUUUGAGAUGUCGCCUAUGCCUGAAGAUUCAAGUAUCUUGCUUCUAUUGACACAGCAAUGUCCGCAUCUAAGAACGCUUUUCUAUGGCCGUGAGAUGGAGGAGAAGGAUACCAAACCUAUUAUUCAUGCCAAGGAAAAAGGGAUCACAGUGGCCCGUUUGGGUCAAGACGACAUGUUUGAUCCAGAUGGGUUGAUAACGUUCCUGAGUCAGCAUCACCAAACAUUGAAAGAAUUGGAUUUGGACAUUGAUAUUGAGGAUGAAGAUGAUGGCCACAGCUCUUGGGGUUUGAAGGAUGGCAAUUUGAUCCGUCAUGGAAAGGUGGUACCCAUGUCUUUUCCAAACUUGCAAACGCUUCGUAUAGCAGGGGAUGAUUAUUCAUCAACACCUUGUCUUCCAUGGAUUUUGGAGAAUGCUCCUCAGCUUGAGUCUAUCACCGUCCCAGAAUCACGCUUCACCAGGGAUACAACACAAGGAUUGAAACAACUCAAGCAUUUGAAAAAACUACACGUAAAUGACGUGUUUGGGAAGGUGAAGGAUGCUGCUAUUGGACCCCUCUUGCAACAUCAUGCGGCUUUGGGAGAUCGUUCAACACUGGUGCAUAUCCAAGUCACCUUUGAUACGGAUCAACUCUCUGACGUUGCAUGGCUACCAUUGAUGUGCGGAUUGAAACAACUCAAAAAGCUUGAUCUAUUUGCGGAUCGCAUGAGGCGUGAUUGUAUACCUUUCUUGGCGAAACUCAGCAUCGGAUGUCCGGCAUUGGAUGACUUGAUGCUCGGCUAUCCCAGUACCCAUCUCGAGGAUGGUCUCAUUGAAGUUCUUUGUCCACACCCAAAUCUCAGGUCUCUCUAUAUUGGUGAUCAUCUAGAAGAUGAGGAUUUAUUUUGUCUUGCCAAUUUUCCUAAAUUAGAACGUGUUUAUCUUUGUUUCCCUCCACCAGAUUACAUAGUUGAUUCCCUACCCAAACGCAUUCAGCUUAUUUAUUGA